AUGAAACUCGACACCCGCACAGUCGCUGCAGUCCCCUCACUUGGCCUCGUCAAGAUGGAGGACCGCAAACGGCCGGUCAUGGCUGACAGUGAGGAUGCUGCUCCUCCGGCCAAGAGGCAAGCUACCGUGAACGGCGCCAAGCCUGUGUCCGAUGAUGCUGACAGUCACCUUAAAGAGCUCGAGUUGUAUCAGAAGGAUGCGAUCCUGCGGCAGAUGAAGGAGUACAAGCGGGAGAAGGCGGUGCUGGAGGCACAGGUCGUAGAGAUGGAGAAGAAGACGGCAUACCAUGAUGACCAUCUACACGUUAUCGAUUCGUGGUUCGCCCAGGUUCGUCAUAAUGGUAUGCUUGUGGGCUUACCGGCUACUAACAGCAUGGACUCACGGCUGACAUGGAUUGCAGAUGCCGAGCGCUUCCCUACCUGGUUAUUCUUUGCAGACAUCGAGAAAUUCCAGCAGCAUCUGUCGUCGAGAUCUGACACGAUCAAGGGACUUUUGAACGACCUUUUCAGCAGGAUACCCAGCUCUUCAACGGACGUUCGUCAACUCCAGGAGCGAAUAACAAAACUGUUGGCCUUCGAAAAGAGCCAUAUUGCAGAACUGCGCAAGGUCACAGCGGAAAAAGAACAACUAUCGGAGCGUCUUGAAAAUGCAUCUUACCGGUACAUGGUUGCUGAGAAGAAACUGGAUCGAGCAAAGAGUGCCACCGUCGCAAAGCUGGAGCGACAAGCUACGCAAAGCUCCCGCCCUGAACCAGCAGAAGUGAAGGGAGAGGAUCCAGCAGAGGCUAACGGCGUGGAGGAAUCUGGUAAUCAUGCCGAAGCAGAAGCGGCUCGGAGAUCUGCCGUUGCCGUAGCCGCGAAGCGCAAAGAACAACUGGAGGAGCUCGAAGCCGCGAACAAGAAGUUGACCGAAGAGGUGACCGCUUUGACAGUCAAGUUUGCUGGAUUGUCUGAUGACGAUUACGCAAAGACCAAUCUGUUCAAGGCGCUGAAAUCCCAGCAUGAAGAUGUAAUCAAACGUAUCAACCAUUUGGAAGCAACCAAUGUCCAGCUGCGGGAGGAGGCGCAGAAGUUGCAGGCCGAGAGGACCGCUUACCGGAUGCAGAUGGACGAAGAAACACGCAAUGCCAUCAGUGAGGUGGACAGUCAAUUGUCUCAGGCAGAGAUGAACCUAACCAGGAUUCGAAAUUCCCGAGAUGAACUGAUAGUCGAAGCCGCUAUGAAGAAAGCAGCACUGGAUGAGCAGCAUAUGUCGUCGGAUCAGAUCAAAGAGCUAGCGGGUGCGCGCGAAAGCCGGAUAGCCGCAUUGGAGAUCGAAGUAGAACGGCUACGUACACAAUGCGGCGAGACACAGCCGUUGUCCGCUGAUCCGGGAGCUUUGGCAGCUCUGAGCGUCGAAGAGUUGCGGACCAAAGUCGCGACUCUGGAAAAGUCCUAUGAGCUACUCAAUAACGAGCUCCCCUCGAUGCAAGCUGCUUGGCAAAAGGCCCAUCAACUGGCGAACAAGAAGAUUGCGGAAAUCGUGUCCUGGGAAGAACAAGUACAGCGACUCACAGCGGAGAAGGCCAAGGCGGACCAGAAGUACUUCGGCGCCAUGAAGGCGAAGGAGGCAAGAGAGAUCGAAAAUCGUACCAUGCGAGCGCAGAACGUCAGGAGUUCAGAAAUCAUAACUCAGCUCAAGGAAGCCGACAGCAGCAGUCAAAAUCUUGUCUCUAGCCUCGAGAAGCAGCUCGCUGAGGCCAAAGAGCAGCUAAACAUCCUGUCGCAGCAGCACCGGAUGCUGCAACAAAAGCUGACGGACGCCACUAUCUGCGCGGAAGGCCUCCACUCACAGAUUGUGGAGCUCAAGAAGGUUCUACUGGCUAAAGACUCCGCGUCACUAGCAGCUUCGAUCGCACAGAGGGAGGCCGAAGUUAAGGUGGAGGAGCUGAAUGUCAAGCUGGCAGAGAUGAGCAAAAGCUUCGAGAAGCUGAAGAAGAGCGGCAAGGAGUCCGGAGGCAAGAAUGCGAAGCAGGAGAUGCUCAUUGACAUGAUCUACUGUUCAGUGUGCAAAUCCGAGAAGAAGAACACUGCGCUCACGACUUGCGGCCACAUGUUUUGCCGAGCAUGCGUCAACAAGCAAAUCUCUUUGCGAUCGCGGAAAUGUCCGGCAUGCCUCAAAGCCUUCGGCGCGAAUGACCAUAUGCCGGUUUACUUCAACCAGUACGAUAACUAA